UCUUGGGUGUUGUGGCAGAAGGAGAAAUAUACAAUGACUUUUCUCGCCCAGAGUUGAAUCUGGUCGAUGUCAGGAGUGACACCACGCUCGAGGAUCUGGUUAUCCGUGCGGCCACCAACAAUGCAGUUGAUUACAGAAAUGUCGCGGCAAGUCAUCUAGGAUCUCUUGACCCCCAAACCUCGACUGCUUGUUCAUCCGCGCUUGACGCUGGUCGGCCUGGAGCAAGAACUCCAACUCUACUCCAUCUUCUUCCGAAGCCUCCUUGAGUUCGUCCCAUCUUCAACGACCCGUCUCCCUAAGAUUGAGACUUGCCCCAGCAAGACGAUUCCUGGUUUGGUUGCCGGAGCUUGAACAAAUCCAAUGAGAUAUCACCCCGCCUGCAGCCGCACUCUGAGACCACGCCUCAUGAUGACAUGUCCUCGUUGGGACACCAGGCACUUCUGUAUCCAUCUGGCUUCUCCUGUCCGCAGCUAAGGUGAUAUGAAGUUUCCACCCAUGCUGAUAUCUGCUUUGGCUUCGGUGGAGCUUCAAGACCAUGACAGGCAUACACUGUCUUCGUCCUCGAGGAAACUGCCCGCGGUGCAGACGCAGCUGGACAUCCGAGACGGCCACUCCGUCCAACCAUUCAAUCAGGCAGAAGGGAGUCUUCACGUCGUCGUUGGGAGAUCCGACUCUGCCACGCUGUUUGGUCACCCAGAAGAAGUUUUGACAUCUCUUCUGGGAUGUCAAGCUCGGCCGUGCCUUAUGGCCACCACGACAGCUUCGUCAGAAAGGAACACUACCGCGGGUAUCUUGCACUGUUCGACGCUUUCCUGUGUCUCUCUGAACACCUGGGUCAGUCCAUACACCGUCACCCCAUCGUUACCGCCGAAGAGGGCAGGACUUGCUCUUUGACAUUAGGGAUCAAUACGUCGCCUGAAUAUACCCAUUACGUCG